CUCUUCUCAAGAAGAAGGUCAAGGAAGCAAAUCUAGGGCGGCUUCCUAGCUCAAGCAAGUUUGCGCGAGGGAAUGGAAAAGUGAGAGAAUGACUGUUGAAAAUCCGCAACAUUACCGUGUCAAAAAGCGGAUAUUUACAUAAUUUUAAUUAUAAGAAUGGCGCUUGACUUUUACCUGUACCAAAUGACGAAGUUGCUACUCGUCUUGUCUGCAGGAGCCUCCACGGCGAUAGCGUCGAGGACCGCUUCCCGCACGGCACGCAGUCAGGAGGUUUUAGACCUGCUCGCUAACGAGUUGGGUUCCUUUCAAGACCUGAAGGAGAAGCAUGGCAGCCCGGACCAUCGCCCGCGCAGACGGGCGAGAACAGCGUUGAGCAACCACGCACUGAUUCAGCUGCACGAGAAAGGGCACAAGAGGCGACAGCAAAAAAUCCAGGACUGGUUGGAGGAUGGGAGAACGCAUAACGUGGUUCACGUCGAUAACCUUCCAGAUGCGAAAAGCAUUUUGCCGCAGGAAAAGGACUUCGCGUUUGCAGCGCUAGAGAAGGAACUGGCGAAAGCGACGUCAAGGUCGUUCUCUUCAAGCGGGGAGUAUGGGCAUGUCAUUGGCUCAGCAGCAUCAGCCGCGCAUCUCCAACAUGUCACUCCAGCGAGAGGGAAAAGAGCACGCAUUCAGGUAGGGGAUGUUACCCUUGAUGUUUUGUCUUAAAGGUCGAGGUUGUAAAUGCAGCCAAAGAAAUCACCAACAAUAUACAAUUGCAAAGCUAAGAAAAAGAAUUUCAUCUUAACCUCACGACAGGCUAGCAUGUUGGAAGUCGAGGUAAGUGGAGCGGGAGGAGAUACGCACCUUGACGCCGAAGAUCAUAUUGCGUCGGCCACUUCUACUACAGCCCGACGACUGCGGACCGAAACUGAUGGUGUCAACAAAGGCAAAGGCGUGUCUUUGAGUGAGCAAAGCACAAGGAACCUGAAGGACGACAACUCAACAACUUCAACUUUUUUGACAGCAAUAGACAACAGAACCAUUUCCGCGGCGGGAAGUAGACACGACACCGAGUCAUUUCUGGGUGAGGUAGCGAAUUCUUCGGCAGCACUGCUCACAACGUCUGCCAAAAAUGCGGCCGCCGGCGCGGCCACAGCAUCCGCAAAGAACUCUAGCGCAUCGGCAACAACGUUGAUGCGAACCGCGGCGCACCAUCGAGCUUCUGACGAGAAUGCGACCGACACCGGCCAGCAUACAAGUGAAGCAGUACAAUCCGAAACAAGCGGCGAUGGCGAACACGAGGAACGGUCUAGCAAGGAGCGCGCAGCCGUCCACCUACAGCAGAACUCGCACAUGAACAAAAACCACGAAGUAGCGACGGCUUCGUCCAGCAAAGAGCAGCAGAACAAGGCAGCUAUUCAGAAGGUCACACAGAAGGAGCACAAAAGGCGAGAACGCGAGCUGCUGCUGGCGCAAAUGAGGGGCCAAAGUGCGGCAAAGUCCACUACACUGGUCUACAAGCUGAAACUGUUCUUCAUGGGCGGGUCCUACAUUUGGACGGCGGGAGAGGACUUCCACUACCUCUGCGACUGCGACUACGAAACCAAGCUCUGUCCCGACGGCGACUCGCCCUGCGACGACGCUUCCAGCGAGGGCCUCAUCGCACUUUUUGACAGCGUACGAAAGAUUUCUGUUGUUCCCUUUGAUUCUUCAGGUUUUCUAAAAAUAUGGUUAUGACUGCAUCGGAACGGGAAGUGCUAUGAUCUCGUCCCGAUGUUGGUUUUCCCUGAUUAAGAGUAUGAUGAAGAUGAUGUGUGAAACUUCAUCUCUUCAUGAAAAAAUGCAAUUCAGAUCUCGUGUCUCGUUGCGGGCAUGAACUGUGAAGAUGAUGAAACGGUGGCACCGGAUGCAGCCGCUGCUCCGACGAACGAAGCCGCGUGAUGAGGUGGAAGGUGCACAUUCGCGACGUGACUGAGGAAUCACUGACUCCCGACAGUGAUGCACAAUAAAUCCAAUGGCUUUCGCUUUGUCAGAGGACCGUAAACUCAAAUAGUCCAAGACGACAAUGGAAACCUGAACCACUAUGAAAGCCGCGAGCGAAGACCACGAUAUACUCUCUCAUCCAGAGGAGCCAAUGAAACGAGAAAAAUCCAAUUUCAAUUUGGAAUAUCCAAAGAGG